UAUAGAAAUGGGUAUAUAGACACUGAGCGGAGCAGGAGAAACAUUGUCAAACCAAAAUGGGUAGUGAGGGCAGCUCCAAGAAGAAGCGUUACCAUUCCGACGCUGAAGAACAAACAGAUGAUGUUGAAAGAAAGAGCCGAAGGAGAGAGAGAAAAGAGGAGAGCAGCAAGCGUAGUGAUAGCAGGAGGGACAAAAAGGAUAAGGAGAAGAGUAAGAGUAGCAGGACUUCCAGGAAGUCAGAUGAAGGCCUCCUGCUGUGGCACGUCAGCUGUUUCGCUUCCAUUUGGUUCAUUUGGCUGGAAAGAAACAGGCAUAUCUUUGAGGUGAAAGAUAACAACAUUGGGUCAUUCAAGGAUCACCUAAAAAUAGACAAGCAUUUUCUGAGCCCAAACCCAAAAGCAUUUAAGCUCCUACUCCUUGGUCGUCCUCAGCUACAACUGGAAACACAUCAUUUGUUCCACCCCAAUGACAUAGUCUAGAUCCUCUCAUUGGCAACCACCUGAGAAUGGAGUCAGCAAGCUUAAUUUGACAUCUGCUCACUGGGCUCCACUGGCAGGGCUGGUGUUGGAGGUGUUUAUACAAAUCCUAUGGGCACCUUACUGCUACUUUUUCAGGUCCCUUGGUUUCUCAGAUGCAACCGAAGCUGAAGCACAUGCACUGCUCACAGGUCUCAAAUUUUUUGACAGGGAUCAGGUAUCUGUUCUGUUGAUAGAAGGAGACUUGCAAAAUGUCAUCAGCAGGGUGAACAAAUCUUCCCUUUGGCCGUGGCACCUUGAGAGCAUAUUUGAUGAAAUUAUUGAGAUUUUCUUCCCACUGCAAAUCACAUUUAAGCACACGGAGUGAGGCAAAUGCCAUGGAGGACUUUUUGGCCCAAAAAGGGACCUCUAGAUCAGACCUCUGCAUAUCCAGAACCCAUCUGUAACUGUACAAUUUUGACAAGCUAACAUUUUGUCUAAAAUAUUCUGACCUUUUUGUAGUCCACAUUUGGCAUAUGUGCACCUUUUACCACAUCAACACAAAAAGUUAAUCCAUUAAAAAAAUUUCUUGUGAUCAGGUUCAUACAAACUGGUUGCUGCCAAUUUUGAGGUGCUAGAAUCUAUUAAAUAAGUAUGACAUGCUAUGACUUGUCAUCCGAGCGAUCAGGUUCAUACAACUGGUUGCUGCCACACUUUUGAGGUGCUAGAAUCUAUUAAAUAAGUAUGACAUGCUAUGACUUGUCAUCCGAGCAAACUGAUUUUCACUUAUAUUCUGGUUUAUGCUUGUAGUAGACUGUUGCAUGGAAGAAACUCCACUGCUUCUCAUCAAAGUGUUGUCAUGUCACUCGUGUGUUUAUGAUUACUCUCUCUCUCUCUCUCUCUCUCUCGGUGUUAAAGAUUUUAAUGUUUCUGCA